AUGAUGCUGUGGCGGGGGCGUCUGGCUUUUAGGGUCUACAACCCUCAAAAGCCAGUGAAAUACGGGAUAAAGUCCUACAUUCUGUGUGACUCGGCCACAGGCUACUGCCACAACAUGCUCCCUUAUGUUGGGACAAGCGCCACACUGGAGGACACGGUCUUCUCUCUCCUGGGUUGUCUCCAAGGCCGAGGACACACACUUUUUAUGGACAACUUUUAUAACUCAGUUUCCCUCAGUGAACAUUUACUGGGGAAGAAAACUAAUGUGUGUGGAACACUGAGGAAAAAUAGAGGUGAACCAAAAAUGAUAAAAGAGGUCACAAAAACUCAAGUUGGAGACAGGAUUGUGAGACACAACGGGAAGGUGAUGGUGGUGGCAUGGCAGGAUAAGAGGCUUGUGAAAAUGGUGACGACCUGUCACCAUAACACUAUGGAGAAGGUGGAAGUGUGGCAGAAGGGGGAGAAGCAGAAAGUGCCUCAGUGGAAGCCAGCGUGUGUUGUGGAGUACAACAAGUGCAUGAACGGAGUGGAUAAGUUGGACCAAAACGUGGCCUACUAUCCAUUCAUUAGACGGUCCACAAAUUGGUCCAAAAAAUGUGUGGCCUAUCUAUUCCAGCUGGCAAUUUUUAAUGCUUUUGUCCUCUAUCGAGCCAGACACCAUCAAGGAGAGUGCAAACACCUCCUGCAGUUCUUGAAGAGUGUGGCAAGAUCCUGGACGUCAAGGAGGCAGGAGGAGGGAGGAAGAGAUGAGGAGAGUGCUGCUGUUGUGGGGGCUGUCUUGCGCACGCACAACCCCAGGGCUCCUUACUUGGUUGACCCAGAGAGCCGGCUGGAUGGGCAACUAAGGAGGCACAAAAUGGAGCACCUGAUGGCCACUAGCAGGAAGGAGAGACCGAACAGAAAAUGUUGGGUCUGUACACGGAGGGGUCUUCGCAGGGAGACCAACAAGUGGUGCGCGGCGUGCCAUGUUCCACUGCACACAGGAGAGUGUUUCAACCUCUACCACACGAAGCUGAACUAUUGGGAGAGAAAAAGCAACUGA